CUGCUUAAUCGUUAGUUUAACUUUCAGGUAACUGAAGUCUCAAAUAAACCCACUAAACUUUCUUUUCUCAUUUAGGGUUUCAUCCGUACUUUUCCCGAUUGCAUUUCCCCUUUUUUUUCAUGUCUAGGGUUAGGGUUUAAGCUUUCUGGUUUUUAGUCUGUAUCUCUUCUAAUCUAUCAAUGGCGACAACAAAUCCUGCUACUCCUGCUCCAGCUGCCACCACGACUGCCAAGAGAAAGCCGGUAUUCAUCAAGGUUAACCAGCUCAAACCUGGAUCUUCUGGUCAUACUUUGACAGUCAAGGUUGUUAGCGCUAAAAUCGUUUUAAAUAAAGGAAGAUCGGCAUCUUCUAUGUCUCUUAAUCCUCGUCCUACUCGUAUUGCUGAAUGUGUUAUUGGUGAUGAGACUGGAACCAUUAUUUUCACUGCUCGUAAUGAGCAAAUUGACCUGAUGAAGCCUGAGACUACUGUGAUCUUGCGUAACGCCAAGAUUGACAUGUUCAAGGGUUCUAUGAGGCUAGCAGUUGACAAAUGGGGUCGUGUUGAGGUUACUGAACCUGCUAGCUUUCAGGUUAAGGAGGAUAACAAUCUCUCUCUGGUGGAGUACGAGUUGGUGAAUGUGGCUGAUGAAUGAUACGAAAGUGUUAGGUCGAUUGAUAACUUGAAAUACGUUGAUUUCUUUUUGGCUCUGUGUAUUAAAGGCUAAAGCUAUUGUUUUGCAGCUUUCAAGUGUUCUAACUGCUAAUUAUCAUUAAAGAAGCAUUGGCUUUGUGUAUUUGUCACACUUCUUUUGCUAGAAUGUUUAUUCGUGUUCUUGUUGUG